AUGGCUGCUACUCGCUUGAACGAAUACCAGGUGGUCGGCCGUAAGCUCCCUUCCGAGCAGGAACCCGUCCCCAAGCUCUUCAGAAUGAGACUCUUCGCUCCCAACGAUGUUGUUGCCAAGUCUCGUUUCUGGUAUUUCCUCAAGAAGCUCCGCAAGGUCAAGAAGGCUGCUGGUGAGAUCGUCUCUGUCAACUUGAUCCACGAGAAGCGUCCUGAGCAAAUUAAGAACUACGGUAUCUGGCUCCGUUACGACUCUCGCUCCGGCACUCACAACAUGUACAAGGAGUACCGUGAGAUGUCCCGCUGCGAAGCUGUUGUUUCCUGCUACCAGGACAUGGCUGCCCGUCACCGUGCUCGCUUUAGAUCUGUCCAGAUCAUCCGCGUUGCUGAGGUCUCCAACGCCGAUGUUCGUCGUCCUUACAUCAAGCAGCUCCUUACCCCCAAGCUUACCUUCCCUCUUCCUCACCGUGUUAUCCGUGCUCAAAAGGGCAACCGCGCUUUGUUCUCUGCCAAGCGUCCCAGCACUUAUUACUAA